AUGAAAGAUCAUCUUCAAAGUGCAUGUUUCUUAGGCGGGGUCUGUGGCGAAUUAAUGGAUCAGAGGUUGAAGGAGGCUGCUAAGGCAGGGGAUUUGAAUGCCCUUCAAGGGAAGGAGAGGAUCACUCCUUUGCAUUACGUAGCCGAAACAGACAACAUCGAUCUUUUGGCUGAGUUUUUGUACGCUUGCCCUGCUUCGAUCGAGGACUUGAACAUUCGAAAUGAGACUGCUCUGCAUAUUGCGGUGAAGAACUUCAGGCUUAGAGCUUUCAAAGUUUUGCUUGGCUGGCUCUUGAAGACCCUCAGAAGAGAAGUGCUAAACUGGAGGGACGAGGAUGGAAACACUGCCUUGCAUAUAGCAGUGGCCACUGACCAAACCCAGGUGUGUUGGUUCUCUCUUGGUUACUAG